AUGGAUUUCCAUAGCCGUUUUGACAGCUUUCUGGAGGCGAUAGUACCGCACUCCUUCCCUGAUGUUGUAUUGAGGAAAUUCUCGAGCGAAUUCACGGAGCUGCUCGAUUCGACGAACAGAACGCCAAAACAGUUGGAAACGCUGAUGGCCUCUUUUAGACAGUACAUCCCACGUGGAGCUCAGUCGGACGCGGUCUGGGUUAAGCUGGAGGAACUGGUGACCCCUUUGUUUCUAACAAACGAUUUGGAUGAGAGGAAUCACACCCUGGAUAAUUACUAUAGCUUACUGCAAGGAAGUGGGUCAUCGCCUGUGGGAGAGAACAGGCGAUGGGAUUCAAGUGAAUUGAAUAAGGAGAAUCUGGACAAGUACAACCAAUUCCCUAGCAAAAUUGCAAACGUCAACUCGCCCAGCAUGUACGCUGAAUCUUUUGAGACAAUAGAUAGAUUUUCGGAUAGAAGGUCUUUGGUCUCAUCACAUCAUAUACAGACACCGACAAGGAUUGCGAAUGCGGUCCCCCUGAAGAAACUAUCCGAACCGUUUUAUGCAAACACGAUAUCUGAAGAGGAGAUGUUGAAAUCAGUUUUUUUCACUCUGUUGGGCACCACGUCGAGCAUGUUUCCGAUAAGGGGGGGCACAAUACAUAUUCCAGAGAACGUACCAAAUUCCGAUAGUGGUAUUCUGCAUUUACUGUUUGAAGCAAGUCUGUUAUUCAUGAAAUUAUCAGUCAAGAUUGAAAGAUCGAAAUCUAUAAACAUGUCCCCGAUGAAAAAGGCGUUGAUUAUCCAUAUUGAACAGGAGUUGUCCAAUUAUUCUAGUUAUGUCAACUCUUUGAGCACGUCCGUGAACAUCACGUCGAUGAAAGGGCUGUACUUGGAAAUGUACGAGUCGAUCUCGACUUUGAGAGUGUACGAUAAAUUUCUGGAGGACUUCGAGUACAUGAGAGGUGACGAUUAUAUUUCAAAGUUCCAUUCUUUCAAGAGUCAUGGGAAUUUGGCAAUCAAACAAGUAUCAGACGACCUUUACAAUACAUUGAUCUCCUUCUACUACGACCAUAUGAUAAAUUGGUUAGUACUGGGGAAACUCGGAUCAGUUUUCGACGAAUUUUUCAUUAAACAGGAUGACGACUACAACGAAUUUCUUCCCUUCAAAAUGGAUAACGCUAAAAUUCCACAGUUUAUACCGAAGGAUACUGCCUACUCCAUUUUCAUCAUUGGGAAAACAUACCUUUUCCUGACAAGGUAUUGUAAUGAGUUACACUGGGCUAAUUCCUACUCGCAGAAGUAUAACACAGAAUAUCAAAGGGUCAAGAAGCUGAAAAACCUCACUAUGCUCUUUCAAUUGAUAGACACGCAGUAUAAUGAUAUUGUUUCUUUUACGCAGGAGAUAUUGGAUAGAAAGUUCUACUAUAGACAGACUAUUCAAAUGUUGAAAAAAGUUCUGCUCAUAAGUCAAAAUGACCUCAUCGACAUGGUGAUUGAGAAGGCAAAGGAUAUGUUGGAAAACUCGUCUAAUCUCUUGACAGGAUAUUCUUCGACCAGAAUAUUACAGGAUGCAGUUCAGCAAUGUUCUUUGAGAAACUACGUGAACCGUGCAGACAAAAAUCUGCUCAUCAAUAGACUCGAUGCAAGGGUGUUGGAUUUUGGAUCUGAUCUACUUGGGUGGGAUGUCUUUACUUUGGAAUAUGAUAUUCCGCCACCUUUAUCCAUAGUUCUAAAUGUCAACAGAGCUGAUGGGAGGAAAGAAUAUUUGAGAAUAUUCAACUUCAUGUGGAAGUUCAAGAAGUUACAAUACUUUGGGAAUAAAGAGAUGCUGAAGGAAAAGGAACUAUCGCAUUCCUUUAGAAAGUUGAAGUCCUUGAGUAUCAUGGCCAGAGAUAUAUUUAACAGACUGUCAAAGCUCUCAGUGUUACGAUCACAGGUACAGCAAUUUCAUUAUAAAAUGGAAGCAUACUACUCCCAACUAAUCAUAGAGCCCAAAUUCGUGGAACUAGAGCAUGACUUGCAUAUUAAGGGUAAUGGGAAAAGCUCUGAUAACUUAGAGUUAACCUCCCUACCAAACGGACUUUUUGCAUUGUGUGAAAGAUUGGAACCGAAAGUCGAUAUAUUCGAACAUUUUCAGGGAUCCGCACUAACCCACUAUCACAAACAACAAACUAAACCUCUCAAUAUUGAAGAGGUCGAUGGAAUCCACAACAAAUUCUUGGAUGACAUUUUAUCCCACAAACUACUCUCUACAAAGAGUACAUCAACAGCACUACCUUAUCCAACAACAUUGAUUGGAAUUAUGCAGACGGCCACUGGGUUCUUAAGCAGUUCAUCAAGACUUCAUGACGUAGCACAUGAGUUACUGAUCCACAUCAAUUUACAGAACGACAACCAGGCCAAUGCGCACUUUGACCAGUUUGUGCGUGUGUCGAGGGAAAUUGUUGGGUCGUACAAGCAAUUCAAAAAACAAUCUCAUAUGUUUAUCAGAGAUUUGAGAAAUGACUCUUCUAAUCCGAAAUUACAAAGAUUAGGUAGGGUGCUUCGAUGA